ACUAGUAGAGUAGCACCAGAAAGGAGUACUCCACCAGAAAGAUAGACACGUCCGCCGUCUCCGCUCCGGUUUUCGCUGUCUCGCUGCCGUCCUAGGUUUGGAGCCAGGUCACCGGCGCUAGGAGGGCGUGAAAUCGAGUCGACGGUCGGCACUCGGCACUCACGCGUUCUCCACCUACUGCUGGCGCUCCUGUGAGGCGACGCCGGACCGGCCACCCCGCAUGCGAACAGCGCACGGACCGGCCACCGGUGUGACCCCUCCAUCCAAGGCUUCAGCUCCAGACCGAGCCGCCCCGCCAAUCGCCGUCCGCCGAACCGCCUAGGUCCUUGCUGGAGACAGGCACGAGCGUGGCCUAGGAGGUGAGGACCGAGAGGUGUCAAACCUACAAGUGCUGGCACAACAGCACACAUGGUUGUCUCCUCCUUUCAAAGAAACGGAAUUUGUUUUCCUCAUCUAAAGUUACUGCAUUGUAUUCCAUAGAAAUGGCUAUGGGGUUGAUUAAUGCUAAUCCUAUAAUCCAUGAGAAAAAAGAAAGACGCAUCCGACAGGCACCAGAGACCACAGAUGAAAAUGCGGUAGAGUCCAUAGACCAGCUGGAAAUAUUUGAUCACAUUAGAGAUAUAAAGGAUCCAGAGCACCCAUACUCACUGGAACAGCUUAAUGUGGUGACUGAAGACUCAAUUGAACUCAAUGAUGAAAGCAAUCAUGUCAGGGUUAUUUUCACCCCAACAGUGGAGCACUGCAGUAUGGCAACUAUUAUUGGCCUUUGCAUACGUGUGAAACUUGUACGGAGUCUCCCUCCUUAUUACAAGGUGGACAUAAGGGUUGCCCCUGGAUCACACGCAACUGAAGCUGCUGUGAAUAAGCAACUGAAUGACAAAGAACGUGUUGCGGCUGCAUUGGAAAACCCAAACCUACUGGACAUGGUUGAAGAGUGCUUAUCACCAACAUUCGAUUGAGGUCUCAGUUAUUGCACAUCUGGGAGCCAUGGUGUUUCAUGUUCAGAAGCCACACAAGCUUAUUGCCAUAGGAAUUCACUCCUGAAUAUUAUAUUUGAGGGCCAUGGUGUUUCAUGUGCAUGAUUUUUUUUGUCCUCCGUCCCUUUGAGUUAAUACAAUUGUUAUCUUUUUGGACAUUUGUUGGUGCUUGUGACCUCCCUGGGCAAAGGGACAUGUAAUCAGAUCUUGUGUAGUAGCUUUCAGAGCGUUUCCAGUGCCACGCCAUUUUGUGGCUGUGUACCCCCAGUCAACUGAACUUGGUAGGUGAAUCCUAGAAUCCUCAAGCACGAGUUGUUUAUGUCUCUAUACGCAGGAAAUGUUUUAUCUUCUCAGCUCAA